AUGGCGGCCCCGAAGAUCAUACUGCCCGAGAAGGGAAAAAAUAAUAUUCUCAUCACCAGCGCUCUGCCAUAUGUUAACAAUGUCCCUCAUUUGGGAAAUGUGGUCGGCAGUGUGCUGAGUGCCGACGUCUAUUCGAGAUUCAGCAAAUUGAGAGAUAGACCAACUCUCUACAUAUGCGGGACGGACGAGUACGGUACCGCGACGGAAACGAAAGCACUCGAGACGGGCCAAACACCGAAAGAACUCUGCGACGAAUUCCACAAAAAGCACAAAGACGUGUACGAUUGGUUCGAGAUUGGUUUUGAUUAUUUCGGCCGCACAACAACAGAGCAACAGACUGUAAUCGCACAAGAUAUCUUCUUAAAGCUCCACAAGAAUGGAUUUCUCGAGGAGCGCACAACCACACAGCCGUACUGCGAGAAGCAUGAGUCCUUCCUCGCCGAUCGUUUUGUGGAAGGCACAUGUCCGAAGUGCCAGUACGAUGAUGCUCGAGGAGAUCAGUGUGACAAAUGUGGCAGCCUCCUUGACCCAUUCGAGCUAAUCAAUCCUCAUUGCAAGGUCGACGGUGCGACCCCAGUCCCGCGAGAGACGACACACAUCUUCCUGAGACUUGACAAAGUACAAGGGGAUAUUGAGAAGUGGUUCGACGUGUCGAGUGUGGAGGGUGCUUGGCCGCAGAACGGUGUCAGUAUCACUAGAUCAUGGCUGAAGCAAGGACUGGAAGGUCGAAGCAUUACUCGGGAUUUGAAAUGGGGUACCCCAAUUCCACUUCCGGGUUAUGAGAAGAAAGUGUUAUAUGUUUGGUUCGACGCAUGUAUCGGCUACCCCUCGAUAACAGCAAAUUACACGAAAGACUGGGAGUUAUGGUGGCGUGAUCCGGAAAAUGUCAAGCUUUAUCAGUUCAUGGGCAAGGACAAUGUGCCUUUCCACACAGUCAUUUUUCCAGGAUCGCAAAUCGGAACCAACGACAAGUGGACAAUGCUCAACCAUCUCUCCACUACCGAAUACCUCAACUAUGAAAACGGAAAGUUCUCCAAGUCUCGAGGUGUAGGUGUAUUUGGAGACACCGUUAAGGAAACAGGUAUUCCUCCGUCAGUUUGGAGAUACUAUCUGCUAGCAAACAGACCAGAAACCGGCGACACCCAAUUUGAGUGGAAGUCCUUCAUUGCUGCCAACAAUAGCGAACUAUUGGCGAACCUUGGAAAUUUCGUUAACCGAUUAAUCAAAUUCGUCAACGCAAAGUUAGAUGGAACUAUUCCUGAAUUUCAAGCUUCUUACAGUGAUGACUCUUUCGACUUCCCUAACUUUAUCGAAGAGGUCAACUCGCUGCUUGCGGAAUACGUUGCUGAUAUGGAAGCUGUCCGACUGCGAGCUGGACUUCAGAAGGUCAUGCAGAUAUCUCAAAAGGGAAACCUGAUACUUGCUGGCCGUCUUGAUAAUGCCAAUCUGAAGGAAAGCCCGGAACGAACAAAAAGUAUCAUUGGACUUGCGCUCAAUUUGGCAUACCUUUUGGCCUCGAUAUCAUCACCAUACAUGCCCUCAACUGCCGCCUCCAUCGUGAAGCAGUUGAAUGCUCCUCUGAUCUCCAUCACCGAUAAGUGGACUCCUGAUUCCCUGGCUGGUGGCCACAAAAUUGGAAAAGCUGAGUACCUGUUCACGAAAAUUGAUGACAAGAAGGAGGAAGAAUGGAGACUCAAAUACGGAGGCACGCAGGCAACGCGAUUAGCCGAAGAAGAAGCAAAGGUGAAGAAAGCUGCGGAUAAGUUGAGAGACAAGGAGCGAAAGAAAGCCAAGAAGGAAGCCGAGCUGGCGAAGAAAGCGGCCGCAGAAACAGGAGAAAGUUCUAAAUCCGCAGAAGACAAGAAGGUUGGCGCAAAAGUUGAAGCAGGUACUGGUCAAAAUUCACAAGUAGAGUUACCACUCCGCGGUGCCGUUCCAGAAGAGCAAGCCCCACCGCCAAGUGCAGCUCCUUGA